UCAUGCUGCUGCCAGGUCCACAGUCUCUCAUGGGUCCCUGUACGGCCUCCCAUUGCUGCUGUCUCCAUCGCCACACUCUGCCAUGUGCCACUUUCAGGUCUCCUCACACUGCUGGUGUGUUACAUUUUUUGUCAUAGGGUGCUGGCAGAUUACGGGCCUCACAUAGCUGCUGCCAGGCCCCUAAUCUGCCAUGGGCCCCUAUACCGCCUCCUCAUGCUGCUGCCAGGUCCACAGUCUCUCAUGGGUCCCUGUACGGCCUCCCAUUGCUGCUGUCUCCAUCGCCACACUCUGCCAUGUGCCACUUUCAGGUCUCCUCACACACUGCUGGUGUGUUCCAUUUUUUGU